UGAAUGAAAUAUGUUAUUUUCUUUUCCUUGGCUUAGCUUAAUUCUUAGCUUUAGGUUCUUCUUAAAUUCUCAAAUCGUAAAAGUGGUAGAGCAUCGAUUCUCUGACCUCUAUGGCAAUAGAGGUGAAUCGAUUUCUCCCACCGUACGGCUGUUAUAAUGACCCACGAGCUAGGCAUCCAUGGCUGAAUGCUAUAGUGAAUGCUCCAGCUAGUGCACCAAGUUCCACACUUGGAAAUCUUCCACAGGAUAUCAACUAUGCACCCUACCAAGGUCCUAGUUCUUCUGGUUAUUGUACUAGAGGGUAUGGAGCUUAAUACAUGGGGGUAUCAACAGCAAUUCAAAUCAACAAACCCUCUAUACACCUCUAAUUUCAAUCCACAUCAACCUUGGCAAGCUGGGAGUUCCUCAUCGGUCCCUUAUGCCUACCAGCCAUCAGAGUUCACCACGGCCUUUUUCGAUUUUUCGAUUACCGGAGUGGUUCCAAAUGGAGGCACCGCAAUGGGUUUCCAAUAUAAUAGCACGGGUUUCCUCCCUAGCAUGGAAAUGGUGAGGACUGAUCACAACUCGGAGUAUAAUCCUCCACAUUUGUUAUUUCAGCAGCAGCAACAGCAGGCUUUUGUUAAUAGGGUCAUCAACGAUUCUGUUCUAGUCAAUUUUCUGACUGACGAGGCAAUUCCAUCUGCUGCUGAUAAUUCCAACCACAGAUCUGAAUAUUCCAUUACCCUUUUGCCGUUUCAGCAGCAACACUUUUGUUUUGAUGCCAUCGUCGAGAGCUCUCUUCCAUCCGAUUUUUUUAUGGAUGGGGGGAUUUUGAUGGGUUGCAACAGUAGCACUUCCAUUCAUGCAGAUGAAAGACUAAGCAAUUUAAUCGAUGUUACUAUCCCAGAAGCUACGCCGAGGAAAGAGAUGUUGGAAAAAUUUGAGCCAGCGAAAGAGGAACAACAUCCGCUCAUGAGCAACAGAUGUUUGAUGAAAUGCCAAUAGAUAAGGUAAUGAUGCCUUUAGACAAAUCAAUACCUAUAUCUGAAGAUCGACAGGAAAAUAAAGCAUUGGGUAUUGGGGAAGAAACUUCUAAUGAAGAUACUGAGAUGGGAACUGAACAAUAUGAGCUAAUUGAUGCAGAAAAUGAGUGCAUUACUAAUGAGCUCAAAUCAAUCCCGGCAAUGUAUGGUAAAAUGAGUGUCCCCGAAUACUAGCACAAUAUGUCUGAAAGCAGAGGCAGAUGUAGUGUAUUACCAACGGGUUCAGCUGAACCCAUAACUUUCGACGCGGAGUAAAAAUUUGAGGUCGGGAAGAAGUACAUUGAUGAGAGUAGCAUUCCCUUGAUCGAUGAUAAGCCUGAGGAAUUUGCCGUUGUGGUGAACAACAAUGAUAGCAGCCACAUUAUUCAGGUUCAUCUAGUUGCCACUAUCGCGAGUGCUGAAAAGAACCACUAUGCCAUGAAGGAUUCUGUGACAAACUCGAAGAAGUAUAUGUCUGAGAAUAAUCUGACAAGCGAAGUGGACUUAAAGGGCAUAGAUAAGAAGAUUGACAAGUUGGUUUAAGAG